AUGUCAGCUUCGCUAAAAAAGAACCCGUCUCUUAAUCAAUUCCUCUUAUCGAAUGAUCUGGAGCAAUAUCAGCAGCAGUUUCUUGAUGCUGGGGCAAAUGAUAAUAGUAUUGAGGAUUUCAUUAAGACGCCAUCAAAAGAAAUGAGAGAGACCCUUAAAGAAAUAGGGGUGAAACCUUUCCACAUAAACAAAUUGAUGAAUUCUCUCAGGGAUUUGAAAAUUAGUCUCCAAGGCUCACAACUCUUAACGACAAGGAACAUCACAUCUCAGCUACAACUCUCAUCAACAACAAAUGCAUCUCGAGGCUCACGGCUCUCAUCAACAACAAGUGAUGCAUCACGGCUCUCAUCAAUAAACGUCGCAUCUCAAUCAAGUAGUUCAUCUUUAUCUACGAGAACUCAAAAAACCCUUGAUAUUAGUGAAAAUGAAAUAAGAUCGCGUGUUUAUGGUAAUUGUCCUAAAUGUGGCUUGAGGAGAUUGGAUUUUGUCUAUUGUAUAAACUGCAAACAUAAGGAAGUUACCAAUAACUGGACAAGUGGAAUUAAGGACCUAGAUGAUGUUAUUCGAGAAACUCAACUAAAUACAAAACCUCGGAGAAGUUCAGACAUCAAAACACAUUGGAAGUGUGAUGAUGCCGGAUGUAUUAAGAUCAUUGGAAUGACACAAGAUCCAGAGACAAAAGAAUAUAUUAUAGUGAUGGAAUAUGCUAAUAAUGGCGACUUGCGAAGUUUUCUGAAAAACAACUUCCGCCACAUGGCUUGGAAAGACAAACUAUAUUUUCUACAGCGUUGCAUAGUCGGUUUAGGAACAAUUCACGAAGCAGGAAUUGUUCACCGUGAUCUCCACUGUGGAAACGUGUUGGUGACUACAUAUAAAGCAGUACGCCAUGUACGCCAUGCACUCAUCGCAGACCUUGGACUCUCUUUACCCUAUCCAGAUCAAAAAUGUAAAAUUGAUCUUGCACACCAAAUUAUAAGUCAUGGUCUACGCCCCACAAUUGCAGAAGGAACACCUCAGUGUUACAGGAAUUUAACAAUGCAAUGUCUUGAUGCUGAUCCAGACAAACGACCAACUACAAAGAAAUUGGGUGAGACAAUUUAUAAAUGGUGGAAUAAUCUAAAUACCUUCUCAAGCUAUGGAGAACCCUUCGAUGAGAUUACACAACAAUUUAUUAGAGCAGAUAAAUUACCCUGUACGAGCAAUUAUACGAGCAAUUAUACAAGCAACAAUCAUACAAGCAAUUAUAAAAGCGAGUAG